CAGCUUUGGUUCAGAAUGGAAAACUCUACGAUCUCACGGAGCCGGCGGUGCUCCUUUGCGCACACUUUCAAGAGUGGUCUCUCGCUGUGGCUGGUCGUCUGGUUGAUUUUGGUGAAACCUGCUCCUGCGCAGGGCUGUCCGCACUUGUGUGUGUGUUACCCAUCACCCAUGACGAUCAGCUGUCAGGCGCAGAAUCUGACCAUCGUUCCAUCUGGAGUGCCCGACGAAUCGCAGCGUGUCUUUCUGCAGAACAACCGCAUUACUGAACUGAGAGUGGGGACUUUCGGAUUUGGAACUCAGGUCCUCUGGCUUUUCUCCAAUAACAUCACCUGGAUCGAAUCAGGCGCCUUCAGUGAGAUGCGUGACCUGGAAGAGCUCGACCUGGGCGACAACCCCCACCUGAGGCGUCUGGAAGGGGGCGCCUUCCGUGGCCUGGAGAAGCUGCAGAGCCUGCACAUGCACCGGUGCCGGCUGGCGGCGCUUCCCCACGACCUCUUCCACAAGCUGUACAGCCUGCAGUUCCUCUACCUGCAGGAGAACCAGCUCCACUUCCUGCAGGACGACCUCUUCUCUGACCUCAUCAACCUGAGCCAGCUCUUCCUCCACGGCAACCGCAUCCGCACCCUGUCCGAGAACGUGUUCCGGGGCCUGGUGAACCUGGACCGGCUGCUGGUGCACGACAACCGCGUGCGGCAGGUGCACCGUCGCGCCUUCCGCGACCUGGGCCGCCUCACCAUGCUCUUCCUGUUCAACAACUCACUGGCGGAGCUGCCCAGCCAGGCCAUGCGCGACAUCGACUCCAUCCAGUUCCUGCGGCUCAACGGCAACCCCUGGGCGUGCGGCUGCGAGGCCAGGCCCCUGUGGGACUUCUUCCGCGCCAACCGCAUCUCCAGCUCCGAGCUCGUCUGCUCCUCCCCGUCCCCCCGCCGUGGCCUGGACCUGCGCUUCCUGCGCGAGAUGGACUUCGCCCUGUGCCCGCUUCCCGACCCCGGCUCCCUGGCCGGCAGCACCACCACCACCUUCAGCACCAAGACCCGCUGGUGGUUCUCCAAGCACAAGCCCGUGUCCAGCUCCAAAGGCAUCUUCGAGAAGAGUUCCGAAACCGUGAAGGCGUACCCCUUCAACGGGGGCAAGCCCACGUCGACCAAGUACGAGUUGAGCGAGGACGAGGCCCUCCUCCCCAAGCUGGACGCCGAGGAGUACUGGGCCAACUACGGCAACGAAGACGCCGGCGCCACCAUGCGCUGCUUCGAGCUCGAGUGUGGCUCCGAAUUCGAUGUCCUGCCGCCCUCCUCCUCGGCGUCCCUCACCUCUGUAUCGCCCCACUUCUCCCUCGUUGUGCUGCUCUCCCUGUCUCUCGUCCUCUCCGUCAACAUUCACCUCAUCUUUGGCUGAAUCCACCCCCAGCCCCCUUUUUGCCAUGAACUUUGCCAUUGGGUUCUUGUCCCUUACAGGGACUUCU